AUGGAACUCCACGACCCACCCGUGCAUGGGAGCAGCUUUGACUUGUCAAAGGGCAACGCUCCCGUGUUAGCCUCUCAGUUCAUGAAUGACACGGCAGCAUUCGAAGAUCUCGACACGAAGCCGAUCUUAGUUACCUCGAAAUCGCGGUCCUUCACUGAAUCUUCCGGAGGUGCCUCCUCAUCGCUGCCUACGACUUUCAGCUCGGGGUCUCCGCAAUCAGUGCUUUCUUCUAUUUCAAAUGAUUCGGACACGCCAAAAAGAUUCAAGCAUUACCAGAAGCCCACAGCGGCAGACUCUCCGACUCUCAUCCAGACCUGCGAGGACGCACUGGAAUGUGGCAAUAUCCCAGUUAUAGCAUCAAUCGCUCGGACCAAAGGACUGCCUCCUCAUCUACGUAGGGCGGCCUGGAAGCUUUUGCUCAAAAGCCACCCCUAUGUUAUAAAUCCUCAGCUACGCGCCGAGUUCCCAACCACUUCCGUUCUUAUCGCGGAAAAGGUACCUGAAAAACGUAUUGAUGCUGAGGUACGUCGACUGAAACAGCGUGUCGAACGCCGCCCCCUCAUGGAUCAGUAUGCCACAACCUCAGGAUCUUCUGUUUCAAACUCGUCCUCUAACACUCGAGUUGUCUCGUCGGCGUCUUCGGUUCUUUCCGGCGCCUCAGACGAAGAGUUCUACGAAAAAAUUGCUGAGGCUGUCAAGACAUUUUUGGACGUAUAUGGAGAUUCAGUUCGCUACGACCCAGCCAUGAUUGCAGUGGCGUACUCGCUGGCUCAGGCUACUGGAGGUGACAGUUUAGAUCCUGAAAUGUUUGUCCAAGCCAUGCUAGUAUUCUGCCAUUCUCCCUCGCAGGUAAUGGGACCUUAUGGCCCCGAAGAUUCACCCACUAGUGACCUUAUGUCGAAGUUCAUUGCUGCUCUUCGCGAACUCCUGCCUGCAGUCGCCAACCACUUUGACUCAGAGGAUGUUUUGCGGUCGUUUGGCGGUGACCAAUGGUUGGUGUGGUGGCUCAAGUGGUUUGGUGCCAAAACGUUUUGGUACCUGGACCUUGCCCGGUUAUGGGAUAUUUAUUUUUCGUGGCGUCCCGAUGCAGAGGAUUCGAUCUUCGCAGGCAAUCCUACCCCUCAGGAGACCCAUAUGUUUACUUGUCUUGCUCUCAUGAAAUCUUUACGGUCUAAGAUAAUGGAGCUCGAUCAAAGUGAGAUCAGGCAGUUGCUGAGCAAUCUGCCUCCUAGCAAAGACAUCGAGUCCGUUGUUGAGGAGGCAGUCACGCUAGCCACGACCUGGUCAGAACAGUAA